CGUGUUUCCAUUGUUUGCUCCGUUAUCGUUACUUGUCAAGUAGUCAUCUACACUUUGGGUCGUUACCCCAUUUGUUAUUCAAUUCAUAACCGUCUGGCCUUGGCUUGUACAAUGCUGCUGUUUUAGCAUCGUCUUGUACAAACAUUGGGUCAGCUUGUCAUUCAAAAAUGCCAUGACCUUUGGACGUGGUCCUCUUGUCCAUUUGGACAUUUGGACGUGGUCCUUGGGACAUGGUCCAUUUGGACAUGGUCCUCCCUCCGAUCCUCCAGUCCUUGGGACGUGGCCUUCGGACACCAUGUCUUUGGACACCACGUCUUUCGGACAUGGUCCUUGGACACCGUGUCUUUGGACAUCAUCCUCGGACAUUUCCCACUUCCCCAUCCAUCCCACUCCCCCUCGACACAUACCUCGCGGUACGGCGUCUGUUUGGUCUCGGUCAUUAUCUGACCAAGUCCCCGGUGACGAAACCGGUACCAUACCAUGUUAUAUGCAAUAAUGCACAUGCCAUGGCAUGGUCAGACUCCCACAUCAAGUGGGGUCCAUUCC